CAAACUGACUGGCUGGCUGUUUGAACUUUUGCCGGCCAAGCAUCCAUUGAAUCUGUUUUUUCCAUUUAUACUCACCCAGGCUGUCCGAAUAAUGGUCGUCUCGGUAGCAGCUGUACGGUAGAUUUGGCGCGACAUGGGCGAGGGCCAAAAGGGGCAUAGGCAGGCAAUACGGCAUGUUUCAAGUGUUCCCAAUGGGUGUGCAGCCAAAGACACGAGGCCUGUUGGAGUAGUGAAAGCUACCCAUCUUUGUACGUGCCGACCAUCAGUCAGCCAUUGUCGCUCUCUCCAUCCAGUGCUGUUGCCAUGCAAUGAGUGCAGCAGAUAUGGAUCGGCAGGGCGGGCGAGUCCAUCUUGUCCGAUUGCCUUGUGUACCUCCCCAUACGUUGACAAACGUUUGCCCUACUCCACACGCCCGAGAACGACGAUGACGAUGACGAUGACGAUGACAGCAGCAACAACAGCAACAGCAGCAGCAGUAAUCAAUCAAUUGAGCAAUCUAUCCAUCCAUCAGUCAGUCAGUGCUCUGUCAAGGCCGACGACGGUCGCGUGUUUCGGAGCGGCAGCCCAAAAAGCAAAAAGACAGUAGACAGACGGCAGGUUGCCCCUGACCGCCCGGAUCAACCCACCCCUGCGCCCCUUCCCCUUGCGGUCCCUAGUUUAUCCCCAAUCCGCUCUAGCCGUUUGAUCGUGUCCGCCAGCUCCCUGCAAGUCACUCCUGCCCUGCCCUGUCCUGCCUGC